UGGUCUGUCUUGGGCGUCGCCGGCCUGGCUCUGGCCCAGAGCUGUGCUGCUGCCCUACCGUCCUCUUCUUCCUCAGUCUUAUCUGCACCAUGUAUCUCCUUCUCUUCUCACAUCACUGACUCUUCUCCAGCAUCUGCCACCGCUGUCGUCGUUGCCACAGACACCUCCGGGCAAUUCACCGCCAUUGGAGAUGCCAUUUCCUACGCUCAGUCGAUGGGCAUCCCCACUGUGACCGUCAAGGCCGGCACCUACACCCAAGCCGUGACCGUCUCGGCUACCGCAACUGUUACCGUCAUCGCUGAAUCCCCCAGCCAGCGCGAUUAUAGCCAGAACCAGGUCACCAUCUCGGCCACAAGUCCUCUGACCAUUUCGUCUAAUGUCCUUGGUAUCACCUUCCGCAAUAUCAACUUUGUCAACACGGCUACUGGCAGCUAUGCGGCUGCCACCAUUCGCGGCUCCAAGAACGCGUUCUAUGGCUGUCAAUUCGUCUCGGCUGGGAGUCUGGGUAUCAAUGCCAACUUGGGUCUUGCCGUCAUUGCCGACAGCUACAUCGAAGCGCUGGACAAGAUCAUCUAUGGGUAUCCCGGCUUGUAUGUGUACAAUACUACGGUCGUACCCGUGGACAAUAGUGCCUUGAUCGUCUACAACAGAGGUACUACGUAUAACUCGGUUCUCUACAACUCCACCGUCGUCUUCGAUUCCUGCUCGGUGCAGCAGAAGUCCGGCACCAGUACGAAGAACGUCUACCUUGGAGCGGCCAACAAUGGCUACGGCUCCGUGGUGGUCUACCGGGAUUCGACUCUGGGCAGCUUGAUCACAGCCACGGGUGCCUACACCGACAGCUACUCUACGGACCCUCGGAACUUUUAUGGUGAAUUCGAGAACACCGGCGCGGGCUCCUAUGCGAACAACGAAGCUAAGCGGUCAGCAUAUGUUCACCUGCUGAGUGCAUCUGACCUCACUCGAUUCUCCCCAGCCCAGGUCUUUGCUAGUGUCUAUUAUCAAUUCGCCGCGACCAACACCGAUUGGGUCGAUACUGACGUUCUGGCCGCUAUUGAGAGUGCUGAUGUCAUCCAGCAAUCAACAUUUACUCCUGGUACUACGGCCUCGUCCAGCAUCAGUGCCACCUCGGCACCCGCAUCCCAGGUCACAGCCACCCGCGCUGCUUCGACUCUGAUUCGCUCGUCUGUCGUAGCCUCAGCCACAAGUGCGGCAGCCACGAGCACCUCGACAUUCGUGGUCUCGCAGAAUGCUACCACUGGACAGUAUCGCAAUGUCACUGCAGCUAUCGCUGCUCUGCCCAGUGACGGCAAGGCUUACACCAUCUACAUCCUUGCAGGUACUUACACUGAGCAAAUUUCUAUCACGCGCUCUGGAAAGGUCACUCUGCGCGGUGAGACUUCGUUCGAGAAUGAUUACACUCAGAACCUGGUCACCAUCGAGUUCUCAAACGGAGAGCUCACCAGUGCCGGCAAAGAUGAGAGUACACCUGUCAUCAACGCAAAGAAGACUGACGGCACCGGCUUGGCCCUGUACAACAUCAACUUCCAGAACACCUAUCCCCAGACCAGCAACACAGCCGCGCUGGCUGCUGACUUUUAUGGCACUAACAUGGCGGCCUAUGGCUGCUCCUUUAUCGGCUUCCAAGACACCUUGCUCGCCAACAAGGGCACGCAGGUCUUCUCUAAUUGUUAUAUCGAAGGGUCGAUUGAUUACAUUUGGGGCUAUUCGACCGCCUACUUCCAUCAAUGCUACAUCGCUACAAACACUCCAGGGGCGUGCAUUGCGGCGCAGAGUCGUUCUUCAUCAACCGCGUCUGGCGGUUACGUCUUCGAUACCUGCUAUGUCACCUACACCAGCACCUAUGGGUCGACUUACGGCAAGUCAUAUCUCGGACGGCCUUAUUCGGCAUACAGCAUUGCGGUCUACAUGAACUCCUACCUGGAUAAGCACAUCAACGCUGCUGGCUGGGAACAGUGGUCGACAAGUUCUCCCAACACCGCGUAUGUGACUUUCGGAGAAUACAACAAUUCCGGUCCUGGAGCCUGGUCCUCGAGCCGUGUCUCUUUCGCUACCAACCUGACUGCCACCCAGGCAGCCUCGUAUAGCUUGUCGUCAUGGGUCGGCGAUACCACUUGGCUGGACAUGACUGCCUAUAACUAUGUGCCUUCAUACAGUCUGACGGGGCCGUCAACCGCGACCAGCACCAACACGUCAACGUCGACUGCCACUGCCACCUGGGCGCAUCCGACUAGUGGCACUGUGCCCCCGGCAGGUGCAGUACUCGUCUCGCCUAGCGGUGCUGUCAACGGCUCGUACAGUAGUCUGACCGACGCGCUGGCUUCUCUGCCCGAUGACUCUUCCACUCAGAUCAUCUUCAUGUACGCCGGCUCGUACAACGAGCAAGUGCCGUCAGUGGACCGUGAUGGCCCAGUGAUGAUCAUUGGCUAUCAGUCUGGCAGUCCCGGUGCUACAUACAUGAACAAUCAAGUCACCAUUACCUACUCGCGGGGCUUGUCUGUCAGCCCUUUGCCGACAGGUCACUCGGAUGCUGAGACAGCUACUUUCGCCACCGCCAGCAACCAGAUUGCUUUGUACAACAUCAACAUCAUCAACACCGCCAACCUGGACGGCUCCCAGUCGUCGUACGUGACUCUCGCUGGUUCGAUCUAUGGCUCUGAAAUUGGCUUCUACGGCUGCAGCCUCGUUGGCUGGCAAGACACCCUGCUCACCGGCAGUACCACUGGCUACCAAUACUACGAAUCGUCCUACAUCGAGGGUGCCAUCGACUUCAUCUGGGGUUACUCCAAGGCCUACUUCAAGGGCUGCACUAUUGGUGCCAAACGUCAGAAGUCUGCCAUCACUGCCCAAAGCCGUGCCUCAUCGACCGCCGUUGGUGGGUAUAUCUUUGACCAGUGUCUUUUUGAGGCAGCCAGCGAUGCCACGGUCGACUUGACCGAGCUUGUCUACUUGGGUCGGCCUUACUCAAAAUACGCGCUUGUGGUUGUGAAGAACUCUUAUCUCACGGAUAUCAUCAACCCCGCUGGCUGGAAGGUCUGGAGCACGACUGAUCCUCGCACCGACUAUGUCACGUUCGCUGAGUAUAACAACACUGGCCCCGGCAACUGGGAGAACAAUGCUGCGUCGCGCGAGGCCUUUGGGUACUGUACGUUGUUGACCUCGGACACAUACACGUUGGCCGAGGUUAUGGGAUCGACUGACUGGAUUGAUAUGACUUACUGGGACUCUAUUGUCACCCCUCAGCCUGCGUCUACAACUACAACUACCACUGGUUCGAACUCAACCACGGUCUAUGAUGGAACGACCCCUCCGGCUGGGGCUUACCUUGUGUCGAAGACGGCUAUUGCCAAUGUGACGACCUAUGAUACUAUUCAAAGUGCACUCAACGCUCUGCCUACCUCCAGCAAGGUGACACCCACGGUGUUCAUCUACCCUGGUACGUACGAGGAACAGUUGGUGGUCAACCGGUCCGGCACCACGAUCUUCAUGGGAUACUCGGACAAUCACCUCGAUUAUUCGAGCAACCAGGUAACGAUCCAGUACAACCACGGUGUGGACACGCAGGCCGACGAGUCCAACUCGGACAGCGCCACCGUAUAUGCUACGGGCAACUACUUGCAGGCAGUCAACAUCAAUUUCGUGAACAAUUACGGCACGACCAAGAACUACGCCUCCCUCGGAUUCGCCGUCAAGUCUAGCAAAUACGCCUCACUUUAUGGCUGCCAGGUCACGGGUAAUCAAGAUGCGCUGUUGAUCAACGGCUACUUUUUCGCCAGCAACAGCUACAUUGAGGGUAAUAUCGAUAUGAUCUGGGGUUCUGGAUCUGGCUACUUCCUCAACUCGACCAUCUCUCCCAACGAAGAUGGCAUCAACCUGACGGCCGACAAGCGCAGUACUAGCACCACGGUUGGCGGCUUUGUGUUCGACCAGUGCACCAUCACCCCGGCUUCUGGAGCUGGCAGCAUGUCCGAGAUCUCGUUGGGUCGCCCCUGGAACAACUACGCUCGCGUGGCAUAUGUCGAAUCGUACCUUGACUCCUGCGUCGAGGCGGCUGGAUGGGAGCAGUGGUCCUCCAGCAGUCCCCAGACCGAUGGUGUUCUGUUUGGUGAAUACCAGAACUAUGGUCCUGGAUCGUCCACCGCCGAUCGGGCGUCGUUUGCGACAGUCAUGGAUGCCAGUACGGUCGCCCAAUUUGAGCUCACCAGCUUCUUCGCCUCGACUUCCUGGAUCAACUUCACUCUGGUUGAUGGCACUCCUUUCGUGCCGGGCAACUCGACGACCCUGCCAGUCACCAGCACCGGCGUGAUCCCCAGCACAUCAGUGUUGGCCACGGCAACUCCCACGGCGACUUUCACUACCCUCGUGACUGUCACUGAUAAGGAGACGGCCUUCACCACCCUUACACCUGCUGAUCGUACCUCCACUGUCAAGGUGACGGUCACGCAGGACAUUGGCACUACCGUGACUCUGGCUGAGUCUUUCAAGACCACCGUCGAGAAGACCACCAUAUCCAGCACCACGACCAUCGUCGAACCGACGGUGACGAGCAUCCAAUCGACGGUGAUCACCAGUUCGGAUAUCGAGACCAUCACGGCUCCUGCUAGCACCAAGACGACUACUGUCAAAGACACCACGACGGUCACCGCUACCGUCACCGAGGGCGAUGUCACCACCACGGUCAAGAGCACGGUCACCGCCACCAGCACCGUGACCUCGUCUGCCAAGGCCAAGACGAUCACCGAGACCGUGGCCAGCACGACAACCAGCGUUAAGACCUCCACUCCUGGCACCGUCAAGGUCACCUCGUACACCACCGUCACCAAGGGCAGCGGCGGUACUAGCACGAAGAGCACCAAGGCCACCACCACCACCAUCGACGUGACCUCCACCAAGACCACCACGAAGAGUGUCACCACCACCCUCAGCUGUAUCCCUGCCGCCAACGCCAAGCGCGCUCUGAUUCUGCCCCGCGCUGCUGUGAACGCGGCCACCGUCACUCAGUAUACCACCCUGACGACCUAUGUCAAGACCUCGACUGACGAGCUCGCCUCGCCUACGGUCUACGUUACAUCUACCACAACCAAGACCACUGGCAAGACCUCGACACUCAAGGCCUCCACUAGCACUAUCACCAGUGUGUCGGCCACCACCAAAGUGGCCACAGAAACCAUCAAGGCCGUGACCGUCAUUCUGACCGAGAGCAGCACCACGGUGGUUGCAAAGACUACUACGCUCAAGGCCAGCACGAUCACCGACACGAUCACAUCGGCGGCCACCAAGACCUCGACUGUGUCUGUGCCGGGAGCGACGGUGACCGUCACCAGCCUGAAGACCACCACGAUCAAGUCCACGGUCACCUUGCCCCAGAGCACCAUCACCAAGACCAAGGCCACCGUGACCACUGUUAAGGAGACCGUCACUCUGGCGACUCCUUCCACUACGGUACUGAAGACAACCACUCUCAGCCUUGAGCCCUCGGUGACAAUCACGGAGCGGGCGACCAGCACUCGCACGUCUACCAUCAAUCAGACCGUCACCGAGACGGAGACUGUGACCAAGACCUCCAAGAGUGCCAAGGCCUGCCCUACUGACUGA